AAACAUUUCACUUCAAAUUCUCACUAUAUGUAGUCCAUCAUCAACUACUUUCUUUUCGCAUAUCUUUGAAGUUUUUGGUUUUACUAAACUAACUCUAUCAUAAAAGGAGAAAGCUUUAAAUUUAACCAGAAAUGAAGAUGCCCGUGGUUGUACAAUUCUUCAUAAUCUCUCUUCUCCUCACAUCUUCAUUUUAUGUACUUUCAAGCGCUGAUUCAUCAUGCGGUGGAAAGUGCAGUGUGAGAUGCUCAAAGGCAGAUCGAACACAUGAGGAGUGCCUUGAGGACUGCGAUAUAUGUUGCCAGAAGUGUAAUUGUGUUCCUUCGGGGACUUAUGGAAACAAAGAUGAAUGUCCUUGCUACCGUGAUAUGAAAAACUCCAAAGGCGGAUCCAAGUGUCCUUGAACAUUCUUUGAAGAUCCUCAUCACAUACAUAUUAUCUACGUACUAUAUGUAUGGAAAUUACAUCUAUAUAUGUUUGAUGUAUGAAAUAAGUUCUGUGAGCUUAAUGAAAAUUUUGUUAUCUUCAAUCCGAUUCCUAAACACAUCAAGAAUAAAUCAUGUCGAGGUUUAUAUUUCUCAGCUUCAAUUUCACUAAACGAAUAACUUGGGAUACUAUGAUGGAAUGCAGAAUUGAGAAUUUACUCUCUC